AUGAUGAUUGAGUCCAAGCAGGUCCCAAGGCUCCUGUUGGCCAUUCUGGUGGCCUUGGUGGCCCUCACCUACCAACAAAGGAAGAAAACCUUCAUGUUUGUCAAUGAAGAGCCUGCAACAGAAGCUUCUGUGGUAGCUGCCAUGAACUUCGUGUCCGACCAGUUCAACAAGGAGAACGAGGACAAGUAUAGAUUCCGGAUUGUGCGGGUCCUGAAGGUUUUGAAGAUAAUAACGAAUAUCAUGGAAUAUCGUGUGAACCUGGAGAUGCUGCGGACCACCUGUCUGAAGCCGGAGACUGUCAACUGCACUUUUCAGGAAGGGAAUCUUUACAAGAAAAUCAGCUGCUACUUCUCAGUGUAUAAUGUUCCCGGGUUUGAGAUAUACAAAAUUCUGAAGAAAAACUGCACUGAUGGUAACUAGAUGUCUUGGAGUCCAUACCUGUGGUCAUCACAUAUCUUGCAAUCAGAAUUCUUAAUAUAAAAAUAAAGGUCUGUCAAUCUAUUCUCAUAAGAUGAGUCUACUUUUUUGCCUU